AUGUCCAAGACCAAUGAGUUCAUCAGGCACCUGAAAGACUUGGAACGUAUUAACCUAGAAGGCCUCCGGUUUCGCUUGAUAGAUGCCAAAGGCCAGGUGGUGGGGCGCUUGGCGCAGGAGAUUUCCAUUCUCUUGCAGGGUAAGGACAAGCCCACCUACAACCCUAAGAAGGAACAGGGCGACGUCGUCGUCGUGGUCAACGCAUCGCACGUGCACUUCACACAUGACAAAUGGGCCACCAAGCUCUAUCGGUGGCACACAGGCUUCCCUGGAGGUCUCCGCGCGCGAACUGCCCAGGAGCAGUGGGAGAAGGACCCUCGUAAGCUGAUUUGGAACGCAGUCAACGGAAUGUUGCCCAAAAACAAGAGCCGGGAGGUGCGAAUGGACAAGCUGAAGAUCUUUCCGGAGGCGGAGCACCCCUUCACGGACUUCCCGCUGGUGCCGUACGUACCCAAGCCGCGUACGCUGGGCGACCGAAGCCUGGGCUGGCCGGUGCCGCAGGGCUUUGAGCCAGUCAACUUGGAGCGGUACGCGUUCCGACUGCGCACCAGCCCCCGGCUGCAUGGCGGUGCGGGGAGGCCGCAGCUGCCGCUCGAGGACCUGCUGACGGAGGAGGAGCGGGCGGCGCUGGCGGCGGCGGAUGCAGCGGCUCUAGCACCUUCGUCCUCCUCGACGCGUCCCAGUGAUUGAUGCAUAGGGCCCGCGGCACAGAACGCACAAGCAGGAUAAUAACAAUAGCCGUUUUGCGGCGGAGAGGGCACUGAUUUGUGUCUGACGGCACGGAUUUUUGACGGCGGAGAAGAAAAGGGCUCGUGUGCGGACUUGCAGCGGCGGCAGCAGACUGGGAAAGAGUUACAAGGAAGUCGUGGUGUCGUACUGUCGUACUGUUGGAAGUUACGGGUGGAUGCUACACUCGAAGAUACGAUUUUUAAAUCGCGGGCUCGGGUGCGAUGCGACUCUGGUGGCCCAGGAGGGUUAUGAGGGCGGGGGGAUCUUUGGUCAACGUUCCACAACGUUCCGCCGUUGUUGGGGACUUUUGAAAUAGGUCGGGGGGCUUUUGAUGGAUGGACUUUUGAUGCUGGUGACCAGGUCUGCCGGAAGCUGGCUGAGGCACGCGGCUGGCGGUCCCACACGUGGACUGUUUUACUGCGGUUCCAAGCAGUAAAGCAGCGUUGGCUGGAGGAGGCUGGUGGCCGGAUAAACGCGCAGCACUUACUGGGCCGCUUCAGCUGUAUGCAAGUAUUAUAAUGGACGGAUUGCAUGGUUAUCCAAGCCUGCAACAGAUGCUCUUAACCAUUUUCCAUAAAAUUGUAAUAUCAUGCUGGUUG